CAUCAGCUGUUUGACAGAUCGAUCGAGUUUGCGAACGCGAUUUGUGAGUCGAAAUAAUUUUGCUGAAAGAAAAUUAUUACAGAAUUACUGAAACGCUCUGUGCUGAAAUAUCGUGACUUUGUAGUGUAUUAAAGAAAACAUUUGGAUCUGUGGUUCCAUCAGUGUAUUCCAGUGCUGUGAAACCAAAACGCACGAGAUCUAUUUUGAAUUUCGAACUCGAGAUUUUUCCCAUAUCCCCCCGACAUGCGCGCGUAAUCUUCAAAAAUGCCCAGCCCAUUCCGGAGUAAAUACACAACCAACUUGUUCCUAAACACAUAAUAGACAGCUAGUGAUAGUAAUAGCGUGAUAUUAGUGAUUUAGUGAUAGUAUAAGUGUUGUGCCAUUAGUGAUAAAAUGAAGUUGUGGUGGUUGGUGCUGCUGGCUGUGGUGAGGGGGGACAGGAGGAGUUUACCCCCGACUUGUGAUAGUUUAAUAUACUGCCAUGGGCCGCUGCUGGACACGGUGCAGAUGGCAGGUCUCUACAACGACUCCAAGACCUUCGUGGACAUGAAGAUCAAGGUCUCCGCCAACAUCACCAUGGAGAACUUCCAGGAGAUGAUGAACAAGACAGGUUCGCGGCCGACCAAAGCUGAUAUCAUGGAGUUUGUGAUACAGAACUUUGACCCUGAGGGUUCUGAGUUCGAGAAAUGGAUCCCAACGGACUGGCACGAUGAUCCUGCAUUCCUGAAGCUCAUCAAAGACCCUCAACUCACGGAGUGGGGGCGGGAGCUGCAUCAGCUCUGGUUACAACUGGGUCGGAAGAUGAAGCAGGACGUCAAGGACAACCAGGACCUAUACUCCAUCAUCUAUGUGGAUCAUCCUGUGAUAGUGCCUGGCGGCAGGUUCCGUGAGUUCUAUUACUGGGAUUCCUACUGGAUCAUCAAGGGUCUACUGCUGUCAGAAAUGAGGUAUACAGCGCGAGGAAUGAUCACCAACUUCCUGGACAUUGUAGACCGGAUAGGCUUCAUACCUAAUGGAGGCAGAAUAUAUUAUGUUAUGAGAUCUCAACCCCCGCUCCUGAUUCCGAUGGUCCAGCUGGUCAUGCAAGACUCUUACGACGAAGACUUUCUCCGACAACACAUACACACAAUGGACAAGGAGUUUGACUUCUGGAUGACCAACCAUACGGUGGAGGUGGAACAUAAGAACCACAAGUAUAAGCUAUUGCGGUACAAUGAUAUGUCACAAGGCCCAAGGCCAGAGAGUUAUAAAGAAGACGUCGAUGUCGCCCGAAACCUGGACAGCCUGGACAAGAAGGAAGAAUUAUACGCGGAGCUAAAGGCGGCCGCGGAGUCAGGCUGGGACUUCUCAUCUCGCUGGUUCAUCCUCAACGGGACCAACAAAGGAAACCUGACGAAUCUCAAAACCCGCUCCAUCAUCCCCGUGGACCUGAACGCGAUCAUGUGCUGGAACGCCGAGAUCAUGCACAAUUUCUACGCCAAACUCGGAAAUGUCGACAAGGCGGAGUAUUACAAGAACGCUCAUGCAAGACUCAUGGAAGCUAUUGAUAAGGUACUUUGGCACGAAGACGUCGGCGUGUGGCUAGACUUCAACAUGGAGUCUGGUCGGCGGCGAGAUUAUUUCUACCCGUCCAAUGUCGCCCCGCUAUGGACCGGCAGCUACGAUAGAGCGAGAAGUGAAUACUACGUUAAUAGAGUCAUCAAUUAUCUAGAUAUUAGCAAGGUGGAUAUCUACGAAGGCGGCAUACCCACAACAUUUGAGCACUCCGGCGAACAAUGGGACUAUCCUAACGCAUGGCCGCCGUUACAAUACAUCGUGGUCGAAGGCCUGGCCAGCACCGGCCAAUCAACAGCGGUUAGAUUGGCCAAUGAGAUGGCGACGAAAUGGGUCCGGUCAAACUUCGUUGUGUGGAAGCAGAAGACGGCUAUGCUUGAAAAGUACGACGCGACAGUGUUCGGCGGCUUCGGCGGCGGCGGCGAGUACGAGCUGCAGACCGGAUUCGGGUGGACCAACGGAGUCAUCAUGUCGCUACUCACUAAAUAUGGAGCCGGUGAUUUAGACACGAUAUCGGCGUCGGACGCGUUUGGCACCGGCGGCGGCGAUGCGGAGUCGGCGGCGGUGGCAGCUCACGUCGGCGCUGGCGGCGUGGCCACUGCACUACUAGUUGUUGCGGCUUCGCUAGCUGCGGGGACGUUAGGAAUAAUGAUGUACCGAAAGCGCCGAGACUACCAGCCUCUGUCUACGAUCGGUGAAAACGUCAAAUUCCUCUCUCGUCCGUACAUGGAGCUGCGCAGCAUGAAUGGAGCCAAGACCAGGCUGCGAUGAGACUUGUCUACUAUUUAAACUUGUCUAAAGAAGUCAAAGACCUUGUUCUUACAGAUUCUGAUCUUCUUGGGUUCUUAAAAACGGAUCAAUAGCACACUCAAUCCUGGAGGCUGAUUUAUGAAAGAUCAUUCUAUUUUGUGAAUUUCGUUCAUUCAUAUCUCCUCUACUAGCUAUAUAAAUUCUACUAAUAGAAUUAAAAACGAGUGGCCAUGCCUUCCACAGACUUCCGAAUGGCGAAAUCGUCCGUUCGAGAUUGAAAAAUCGGUCGAUUCGAAUUCAAUUUCAAGUAAGAUGGAAUGCUGACAAUUCUGAGUAGGAGAAAAAGGACAAGAAAAUCUAGAUUUGUAAAAUUAGGUUUUUAAUAUUUAUUUUAGAAAACGUUCAUUCUCUGAUGUUGUCUAAAGAGCGUUUUCACAUUAUCCAUUCCAUGUCGGAUCCAAUAAUGUGAAAACGCUCUCAAGCUAUAGAAAAGGAAUUAAAAGAAUUAAAAACGUGUAAAAUACUAUAGCCAUAAAAGUUGAAUUAAAACAAGUGUUUGUAUUCCUUUCAAUGGCUAAAACUAUGCCCGAAAGUAAGUAUUGAAAUCGAAAAUAGUUAUUUUCUCGUUUACUUCAAAAAAAUAACAAUUAGAAAAGUAGACGUUUUCGAUAUUCACGCUAAAUGCUUCGGAGUUAAUCCUAUGUAGUACAGAUUAAGGCACUGGUCCCACAGCGAGCUAGUAAGCUAUCGGCUAUAAAAACGAACAAAAGAUAAGCACUCCCGUGCAAAUAAAAG